CAAAGAAGGCGGACGGCAAAUAUAUCUACCGUCAAACUGGCCCUCCUGCCGUUAUCACUUCCGUCACUUUCUCUGCCUGCCUUAAUAUUUCCGCCUCCAUUUUUCGCCAUUUCCACGCACCAGUUUUCGCUCUCCUCCGCUCUCCACUGGAGUGAUGGAUGCCGCUUGUAGUUUGUCUCGGUCAAAUGUGCUAUAUGGAGGUGAAAUCACUGGUUGCAGGGCCCCGGAAACAUUGAAUUUGGGGACUAGUUUGAAGUAUAAGCGUAUAUGCCGUAACUUUUUUGGGGAUUCAAGACUUUAUGCGGGAACAAAUUCACCAAAGAAGUUGAAGAAGAACUGCUCGCGCUAUGUUAUUUCAGCCAGUGGUCGAACUCUCAAUGACGGCAGUUUCUGGCAGUGGCAUAACAGUUCUAGUGGUUCUGCCUUAUACAACUCUAGAAAUCUUAAUAGUAUUUCAAAGCGUGUGAUUCUGUCACGAUGUCAGGGAAGUGAAUCAGUAGCUUAUCUAAAUGGAAAUGGCAGAGAUGCGGAGGUCAUUAAGACUGGCGAGGAAGAGGCCGGCCUUGAAUCUAUUGUGUCUGGGGACAUUGGUGAGGAAGAAGGAGACGAGGCUCCUAGUUUGGAUGAACUAAAGGAAGCGUUGUUGAAGGCACUGAAAGAUUUAGAUGUUGCACGAUUAAGCAGUACAAUGUUUGAGGAGAAAGCUCAGACAUUGUCAGAAACUGCUAUAGCACUUAAGGAUGAAGCUAAAAAUGCAUGGGAUGAUGUCAAUAGGGCCCUUGGUGACAUUGAAGAUGUCAUAAACGAAGAGACUAUUGUCAAAGAAGAAGUUCAGAAAGCAACAUUGGCUCUUUCUUCAGCGGAGGCAAGACUCAAUGUGGCUAUUGACUCAUUGAAGAUUGCAAAUGAAAGGAAUGGAUUUUCAAAUGCUUCUAAAGAAAGUGAUCCUGAGGACGAUAUUGAAAAGGAUGAUUCAAGUGAUGAUGAAGUACUCUUGGCUUCUCAGGAGGAUGUAAAAAAAUGUCAAGAUCAUCUAGAGAAGUGUGAGGAUGAGCUCAGAAGGGUGCAAAGCAGAAAAGAGGAAUUACAAAAGGAAGUAGACCGCUUGAAUGUAGCCGCUGAGCAAGCACAGAUUAAGGCUUCUAAAGCAGAAGAAGAUGUGGCAAACAUUAUGCUUUUAGCGGAGCAAGCUGUAGCUAACGAACUUGAGGCUGCGCAACAUGCUGAUGAAGCUGAGGUUGCAUUGCAGAGGGCAGAAAAAAAACUUGCCCUGUCUAGCAUUGAGAAUACGGAGUCUACUGCAGAGGGAAUCAACAAUUUAGAAGUAUCUCAAGGAAGUAGUGCAGAUGGUGUUGUUGAGGUUGCAGAGUUACAUGGACAAUCGGAGGAGUCAAGUUUGUCAUAUGAGAGUGACAAAGAGAAUGGAAAGUUGACCGUGGAAGUCCUCAAGGACAGUGAAACAGAUAAAGAGAAGUUAAAAUCUAUUCAAAGUAAGGUACAGGAGAUGCAGAAAGAAUCCACAAAGGAGAUUUCUCCGUUAAGUGCUCCAAAAGCAUUACUGAAGAAAUCAUCCCGAUUCUUUUCUGCAUCUUUUUUUUCUUCUACGGCAGAUGAGGAAGAGUUCACACCAGGUUCCAUUUUCCAUGGCCUUGUGGAGUCUGCAAAGAAGCAAUUGCCUAAGCUGGUUUUUGGAUCAUUACUUGUAGGAGCAGGAGCUAUGAUUUAUAUCAAUCGAGGUGAAAGGAUUAAACAGUUAUAUCAACAGCCGGACAUCAUCACCACUGGGGUUGAUGAAGUGUCAACUACUGCAAAGCCUCUGGUCCGAGAAAUAAAGAAACUUCCAACUAAACUGAAGAAAUUAAUGGAGAUGAUUCCCCAUCAAGAGAUAAACGAGGAAGAAGCUUCCCUCUUUGACAUGUUAUGGCUACUACUUGCAAGUGUCAUAUUUGUGCCUCUUUUCCAGAAAAUCCCUGGAGGUAGUCCCGUUCUUGGAUACUUGGCUGCUGGGAUCUUAAUUGGACCUUAUGGUCUCUCUAUUAUUCGCAAUGUACAUGCAACUAAGGCCAUUGCUGAGUUUGGGGUUGUCUUCUUGCUAUUUAAUAUUGGCCUUGAGCUCUCUGUUGAAAGACUAAGCUCAAUGAAGAAAUAUGUGUUUGGAUUGGGCUCAGCUCAGGUGCUGGUGACUGCUGUAGUUGUUGGCCUAAUUGCUCAUCAUACCGCUGGUCUGGCUGGUCCUGCUGCAAUUGUCAUCGGGAAUGGCCUUGCAUUAUCCUCAACUGCUGUUGUCCUUCAGGUAUUGCAAGAGCGUGGCGAGAGCACAUCACGCCAUGGACGAGCUACAUUCUCCGUGUUACUUUUCCAGGAUUUGGCAGUGGUGGUUUUGCUCAUACUGAUACCCCUUGUUUCACCUAGUUCGUCUAAAGGAGGGAUUGGUUUUCAAGCAAUUGCUGAAGCGCUUGGAUUGGCUGCCGUGAAGGCAGUUGUUGCCAUCUCGGCCAUUAUUGCAGGUGGACGCUUGCUGCUUCGCCCAAUUUAUAAGCAAAUUGCUGAGAACAAAAAUGCAGAAAUAUUUUCUGCAUGUACUUUGCUUGUUAUCUUAGGCACUAGUCUCCUUACUGCGAGGGCUGGCCUUUCCAUGGCUUUAGGGGCAUUUUUGGCUGGAUUGCUUCUAGCCGAAACUGAAUUCUCCUUGCAGGUCGAAUCUGAUAUUGCUCCCUACCGCGGGCUUCUAUUGGGACUUUUCUUCAUGACGGUUGGAAUGUCCAUUGAUCCAAAACUUCUAGCUUCAAAUUUCCCAGUUAUUACAGGAACACUCGCCCUUCUAAUUGCUGGCAAGACCAUCUUGGUUGCCCUUGUUGGAAAACUUUUUGGUGUUUCAAUUAUAUCAGCAAUAAGAGUUGGACUUCUACUUGCACCGGGUGGAGAAUUUGCUUUUGUAGCUUUUGGUGAAGCUGUUAACCAGGGAAUAAUGUCCUCACAGAUGUCGUCACUACUUUUUCUUGUGGUUGGAAUUUCAAUGGCAUUGACUCCUUGGUUAGCUGCUGGAGGCCAAUUGAUAGCAUCACGCUUUGAGCUGCAUGAUGUUCGAAAUCUAUUGCCUGAUGAGAGUGAGACGGAUGAUUUGCAAGAUCAUAUAAUCAUAUGUGGUUUUGGACGUGUUGGCCAGAUUAUUGCCCAGCUUCUCUCUGAACGAUUAAUUCCAUUUGUUGCGCUUGAUGUCAGGAGUGAUAGAGUUGCUGUUGGGCGUGCACUUGACCUUCCAGUAUACUUUGGUGAUGCUGGUAGUCGAGAGGUCCUCCACAAAGUGGGUGCUGAAAGAGCCUGUGCAGCAGCAAUAACUUUGGAUAGUCCUGGAGCUAAUUACAGAACUGUUUGGGCUUUAAGCAAGUACUUUCCUAAUGUCAAAACAUUUGUCCGCGCUCAUGAUGUUGAUCACGGCCUAAAUCUAGAAAAAGCUGGUGCAACGGCGGUUGUCCCUGAGACUUUGGAACCGAGUUUGCAGUUAGCUGCGGCUGUUCUUUCACAAGCUAAAUUGCCUAUGUCAGAGAUAGUUACCACAAUCAAUGAGUUCAGAUCGCGCCACCUCUCAGAGCUUACAGAGCUCUCAGAAACCAGUGGAAGCUCUCUUGGGUACGGAUUUUCUCAGACUAUGAGCAAACCUAAACUCCAGGCAGAUGCUCCAGAUGAAAACCAACUGGCCGAAGGAUCACUGGCGAUAUGAUCAAUUAGGUACGUUAAAUAGGAAGAAAGAGUAGAAAGAAGGGGUUUUUGUUCUCCCAUAGAAAACAAGGAAAGAGGCACGAACGACUGUAUAGCAUUUUUACCCCUUUGGCAAAAGUUUGUAUAGAAACACAGCAGCUGAUCUAAAUGCUGCUGCAUCAAACUUACAAGACUCAUGGAAGAAUGAUGGAUUUUCAUUCUUUCUGCUUCAUAAAAUUUUGGUGUCUUUUGGCCAAUAUUUCGGCGCCUAAUGCAAAAACCACCUAAUUUUGGUCGA